AUGACUGCCAGUACAGGUAAGAGGUCAUCUCGCGCAUGCCUGCGAUGCCGUAAGCGCAAGACCAGAUGCGAUCUUGACAGCUUUGGGGAACCAAGCAAGCCGCCCUGUGCCUAUUGUCAUGAUACUAAGAGCCAAUGCAUUCUCAUCAAGUCCCGGCGAGGGGGUAAUUCUCGACAACAUCCAUCCAAGUCAAGCACUCCGCGACGCAAGAAAACUUCGCUGCCAACAAAUACUGGAGACCUAAAUGGACCUGGAGUAGAACCGGCUAGUACCAUGUCGGAUGUGACUGAAUGUUCCUCAGAUGACGAAGGCAGCGUUGGUAGACAGAAUCCUCGAGACCUCCUAGCUAUGGAGCUCCGAAAUCCAUCCGAUGCGCUGCAGAUACUAGCUUUGUCUGGUCAGUGCCAGUCGGAAAAUCAGGCCCAAGCGCAGCCCACUAACAUAACAAAUUCCAAUGAACAACUGUACACUGAAGUGCAAAGCGCAAGUGCGUCCUUGAUAAACGGGUCCGGUGGGUUACGAGGCCACCAGACGUGUCUAACAACUAUUUUCGAUGAUUACGAGUUGGUCAAGAGAGGUCUAUUGCGCCCGAGCCUGGUAUUUGAGCUACUACAUGAAUAUCUCUGCCAUUAUCAUCCAUACUGUCCAAUCGUCCCUUCCCAUUUGCUAGUCUCAUCAGAGAUGAGCACCAUCCAAAGAUCAGAAUACUUUCUACUCACGGCUAUUCUCACCAUUGCGUCGAGAGACGACCCCCACCUUUCACUUACCCAUCGCUACUGCUGGGAUCACACUCAACGCCUCCUGGUGGAUGUACUUCUGGCGCACCCUUGGACCCAAACCCCAGCAACUGUCCAGGGGCUGUUGCUAUUAGCGGAGUGGCUUCCCCAUAUCCAAGUUCAUGAAACAUCAUCUGAAUUGCCAAAGAAUUUAUUCAGCGAAGAUAGAACAGCUUGGUCGCUUGUUGGGCUCGCAGUGCGGCAGGGCUAUCUCCAGCGCCUCGACCAAGCCGCCUUUCGUAGUUUCAAUCACAGUGGGUCAAAGCAACGAACAGAGCAAGACAGAAUUGUCUGGGCAUAUAUAUUCAUUGCCGAUCGCCAGAUUUCAGUCCGACUUGGGCAGUCAUUCUGGUCCCGAGGCCCGUCUCUUGCCGCGAAAUUCACGGCCGACGAUUUCCCGAGUCUACAGCCACGUCCGGAGAAUGACAAUGAGGAUUAUGCAUCUUGGUUGCAAGCCUCUAUGGAAUUGAUACAAAUCUUGCAUAAUGCUCAUGCAAUUCUUUACUCGUCCAAGGACCGAACAUUAGCAAUGGUUUACGAAGGUGAUUACGCGCGGUAUCUCGACGACUUUCGAACUUCUGCAACUACGUGGCGUUCGGCAUGGGGCAAUCUAGCUGUGUCUCCGAAGAUAAAGACCACCCUUCUUAUCAUGUACGAAUAUAUUUGCCUUUAUACGAAUGCCUUUUCCUUCCAGGCAGUUCUGACGAGGGCUUCCCGUCCACACCGAUCGUCGACCAAAAGACAGCAGAGGGAGCGCCCAUUUGCCGACAUAUUAUCCAAGGGCAUCAUGGCAUCCCCGGAUGGUCGGUACAUAUUUGAUGCUAUUAGUGCAGCGAUGAGUUUGCUGAAGUUGAUGAACAAUCUCGACCCCCAGCAUGUUUUAUGCUACCUACCGUCUCGUUACUAUUUGUACGGAGUCUAUGCAGCAGUCCUGCUUCACAAAGCAGACCGAGCAGGGGCGCUCCAAUCUGAAGAGCAGCACAAAAAGGUUACUACCUCAGCCCGCAAAUUUGUAGCUGUUCUAGAUAAAGCAGCGUCGACUGAAUCCCACAUCUGCCACACCUACAGCCGGAUGCUAAAACAGCUUUGGGGCAGGCGGCAGAGAAAGAAAGAUAAACAUUCUCGCGGCCAAAGUAACACAGAAAUGAGCUUUGGUGACCAUGACAAUCUCUCAACACCCCCACAAUCGUUCUUACUGGCUCAAGAGCCCGAUAAUCAGACAUAUACGGAUGGCGCCUUGGGCGACGCCGGCAGUCUACGACAGGUAAGCCCGCUACCAAUAGAAAAUAACUCGUCAAUGUUUCCUUCCAUUGAAGGAUACUUCCUCGGUUCAUUUAUGCCUGGGAUAGCUGACUUUAGCACUCCCAAUUUCGACGAAUACUUAGCCCAGGAAUACCCUUCUAUGAAUGGUGCAGGUGGUCUCCAAAGCUGGGAUUUAGUGGAUCCUAAUGUGGAUUCUCACAACCUUGAUUUGUAG